CUCAUUCCUUUCUCUGGCGCGAACCAGUGCAGAGUGCGAGUCGCGAGUGGUCGGGGGAACGCGCGAGUGCUCGCGAGCCUUUUGACUUGAUCUUCGCCGUUACUCCCGCGGUGUGCGACUUCCGUAAGCGUGAAACUUUUACGCGUCUUAUCUCGGAGUAGUUUCGCGCGCGCGUCCGGUCGGUGCGCGGUCUCGAGUAUUCCGCGUUGUCCAGGUGAAACGUCGAUCGUGUGCACGGGUGUGACGUGGAGAGUACUCCGGUCGCGGCACCUCGCGCGAGAUUAAAAUGGGAGUUUACGCGGCCGAGAGGAGACCAAUGUUGUUGAAACGUCAAGUUCCGUACGUGCAAACAACGGCACUGUGAAACGGUGCAGCAACGACCAUAAAAGCGCGAGAGGACGACGCACCGAACGAUCGUGACUGAAAAAGGGGAGCAUCAUCGUUCGAUGCUCGCGUCGUCGUCACCGCGACGCUAACCUCGCUCGGUGUUGCGUGCUCGGUUGCGUCACGAUCGCUCGCCGAUCGCUCGGCGACGUCCGUGAGUCCGUCCGUCCGUCCCGUCGCGUCGGAUCUGUCAAUUAAGCGAAGCGCGAGGCCCGUGGCGCGUCGGUUCGGCUGUUUUGUCGUCGCGCGAAAUGCUGCCAUCAUCGUCAUCGUCGUCGUCGGCGUCGUCGCCGUCGCCGUCGCCGUCGCCGUCGCCGUCGUCGUGCUCAUCGUCGAUGUUACGCUGAAAAUAUGCGGCAGUGAAGAUCGCACGGCGAAGCACCGCCCGUAACAGCGCGAAGCGGCUGGCUCUGCUGCGUGUGCUAGGUCGCAGGUGUCGGCCGGGAGAGAGAGAGGAAGAGAGAAGAGAGCGAGAGAGAGGAAGCGGAACCCGCUCGCAGCCCAAGGGGGUGAUCGCCGCGUCCGCGCGACGGACCACCGUCGGAGGAACCACCAAGGAAAAUGGCGGACCUCGAGGCGGUGCUGGCCGAUGUCAGCUACCUGAUGGCCAUGGAGAAGAGCAAGUGCACGCCAGCCGCUCGUGCCAGCAAGAAGAUCGUCCUGCCGGAUCCUAGCGUUAGAAGCGUUAUGCAUAGAUAUCUGGAGAAGAAUAAUGAAGUAAACUUCGACAAAAUAUUUAAUCAAAUGUUAGGUUACCUUUUAUUCAAAGACUUCUGCGAGACUGUAGCGGAGGAACCGAUUCCGCAACUUAGGUUUUACGAAGAGAUCAAAACGUACGAGAAGCUCGAGUGUCCGGAAGAAAGGAGAAAACUUGCCAGGGAAAUCUACGACAAUUUCAUUAUGAAAGAGUUGCUGGCACAUUCUCACGAAUAUUCGCAAGAAGCAGUAUCGCACGUGCACAAAUAUCUCAUGAAGAAUGAGGUUCCAGUUAACUUGUUCGAGCCAUACAUUGAAGAAAUAUUUAAUCACCUACGAGGAGAACCAUUUCAGAAAUUCCUGGAAAGUGACAAAUACACUCGUUUCUGUCAAUGGAAAAACUUGGAGUUAAAUAUUCAGUUGACGAUGAACGACUUCAGCGUGCACCGGAUAAUAGGAAGAGGCGGUUUCGGUGAGGUGUACGGUUGCCGAAAAGCGGAUACUGGCAAAAUGUACGCCAUGAAAUGUCUAGAUAAGAAGCGCAUCAAGAUGAAACAGGGUGAAACGUUGGCUCUCAACGAGAGAAUAAUGCUGUCGCUAGUCAGUACUGGGGUGGACUGCCCGUUCAUAGUAUGUAUGACAUACGCGUUUCACACACCCGACAAGCUGUGUUUCAUACUGGACUUGAUGAACGGUGGUGAUCUGCACUACCAUUUAAGCCAACACGGGGUUUUUAACGAACCGGAAAUGAAGUUCUACGCCGCGGAGGUGAUCCUCGGUUUGGAACACAUGCACCGCAGGUACAUCGUUUACCGUGAUCUGAAGCCUGCGAACAUACUCCUGGACGAGCACGGCCACGUCAGAAUAUCGGACUUGGGAUUGGCAUGCGACUUCUCAAAGAAGAAACCACACGCAAGCGUUGGUACGCAUGGAUAUAUGGCACCGGAGGUACUUUCGAAGGGCACCGCAUACGAUUCGAGUGCAGACUGGUUUUCCUUCGGUUGUAUGCUGUACAAGCUCUUGAAAGGGCACAGUCCAUUCAGGCAACACAAAACCAAGGACAAGCACGAGAUAGACCGCAUGACGCUGACCAUGAAUGUUGAAUUACCAGAAACGUUUUCAUGGGAGUUACGGUCCCUGUUAGAAGGUUUACUACAACGGGACAUCAACAACAGACUUGGAUGCCGUGGCAACGGCGCGGACGAGUUAAAGGCGCACCCAUUUUUCAAAGGUAUCGAUUGGCAACAGGUGUACCUACAAAAGUAUACGCCGCCUUUAAUACCGCCACGCGGCGAGGUCAACGCCGCGGAUGCUUUCGAUAUCGGCUCCUUCGACGAGGAAGACACGAAGGGAAUCAAGUUGACGGAAGCGGAUCAAGAUCUGUACAAAAACUUUCCCCUAGUCAUCUCCGAAAGAUGGCAGGCUGAAGUGGCCGAGACUGUAUUUGAGACAAUCAAUAAUGAGGCGGACAAGUUGGAAAAUAAGAAGAAGGCGAAACAGAAGCAGCGUUUCGACACGGAUGAAAAAGGUUCAGAUUGUAUAUUGCACGGUUAUAUAAAAAAAUUAGGGGGCCCAUUUGCGAGUGCGUGGCAAACGCGUUACGCGAAACUGUACCCGAAUCGGUUAGAAUUACACCCGGAAUCAGCGACUAAGCCCGAGCUCGUAUUUCUUGAUCAGGUCGAAGAAAUAAUGGCAGAUCUGCAGCCUGUGAAAGGAGAGCAGUGCAUCAUAAUGCGUACAAGGGAUGCAAAGAUUGUACUUACUAACGCUGACGAAAUAAGCUUAAGGGAAUGGGCGCAAUCGUUAAGAGCAGCUCAUAAAUGCUCAAUGGAGAUGCUCGGUAAUAUGGCCAGGAAAGCAGGCAAGAUUUACGGGACUGAGCGGGAUGCCAUGAUCCCGGCGACGCAGCGAUCAACGAACGGCAACUAGCCCAUUGCCGCUAUUAUGUGCAACGUCGCACCAUCAUACUCCAGUCCCACUGCCCCGCAGCAGCGACAGCAGCAGCAACUUUUUUUAUAUUAAACGAGUAAGAGAAGCGCAGCGAAUGAAGAAAAGCUUCGCGUCGAGCGAAGAGCGUCUUUUUCGAAUUUCGGCGUCGACGGCGACGGUGACCACGACGCGCACAGCAGUGCCUCUUCCUCUCGAAAGCUCGUUCUCGAUUUUUCGCUGCGUCGUUAUAAAAAGCGGAAUAAAUCACUUUCACGGCACGGUCUUUGGAUCACAAGCGGAAAUGUCCCAAAGAAAAUCCCGUUGUACGGCGAAUAGCGCUGCGCUGUGUAUUAUAGAGACUCUAGCGAAGUAGUGUUGUAUCGUGCGUACGUCCUUCCAAGACCAUGAGGAUAGCAUGCGCGCUCGCUCGUUCACAUACACGACAGACUACACGUAUGCAGAGAUAAAAAAAAAUAACGACGGAAAACGCAACACAUACAAACACCGACAGAAACACACACACACACACACACUCCUAACCGUAGCUUCUGAUCACUAGCGCGGGCGCGUAGGCAUCCCGUUAUAUUUGUACGUUAGAUGUAUGUGAAACAUGUGACGUAGCGACUAGCGAUCGACCGAGCGAUGAACAAAAAUUAACACAAGCAACAUACACGGAAAACAAGACACACACAUCCAGUAGUGUAUUAUUAUUAUCUAGCAUUCUACGCGAUCCCUUACUCUUUAUUAUUUUCUACGCGUUUCAUCGUAUUGCUCGUUUACUUAAUUUAUUUACUAAUGCAAAUAGCGGCAGAAGGAGCAAAAGCGAGAGAGAGAGAGAGAGAGAGAGAGAAAAUAAGAGUGAGAAUGAAAAUAAAAAGUGCGAUUGUUUUUAUAUUAUCCUUACGAUGAAACAAAAAUGAUCCAUUAUUUAUUAUAAUGUUAAUUAUGAAAGAAUGGAAGAAUGAGUGAGAGAGAGAACAAGAGAACUUGAUUGUAUAUUAGCCAAAAGUGGAUUGAAUACCGAAUACAAUACACAUGUGUAUGCUCGAGUGGAUAUAUUGCGAAAUCCGCUCUGGCAAUAAAAUAUGCAAUGAACGU